UUUUCAAUCGAACAAAACCCUCUUUCUUCAAAACCCUAAAAACCCUCACAAACUUUGUGGCGGCGGCGGAACUCUUCAAUCCUUCCGUCAAACCACUACCAAAAACCCAGAAUUUUUCGGGUUUUCUUAUCCCAUUUUUCAAGAUUUAUCCGAUAACUGCCAGCAUGGUCACCGUUGCUCCUCCUACAGAUGAUGCUGCUGCUUUGUUGAAGAACUUAUCUUUGGAUUCUCAAGCCAAAAGUUUGGAAGUUUCUGAUCCUGUUAAGAAGACUUCUGUGGACACUGGGAAUGGUCAGAUAAAACCUAGCAAUAAGGUUGUAACACCUUUGGCUUCUGAUGUUAUGGAUCCAUCAUUGGCUUAUUAUCCCAAUGGUUAUCCUUCGACCGCGUAUUACUAUGGAGGUUAUGACGGGACUGCGAUCGAUUGGGAUGAUUUGGCUAAUGGUGUUUAUGGUUAUGGGUAUGCACCGUAUGGAAGUUAUUCUCAACAUUACCAAUAUCCCAGUGCGUAUUUCCAACCACCGACUUCAACUGGUGGCCCAUACCCUGCUACCGUGACCCCUUCUAAAGAUGGGACCACCGCACCGGCAGUUACUGACCAGAAGCCUCUAGCCACCGACGCAACUAAAGGAAGUGUUGGAAACGGUGUGGGUUCCAAGGGAAACAAUGGUCCCGAGCCUGUGAAGCCAGUAGUUAAUCAGAACUCAGCCGCUAAGACCAAUGGUUUAUAUGGAACGGGUGCACAAAAUAGCUAUUACGGGGUUUACUCUUCGGUACCAUGGUUAAAUGGCACCAUGUCAUCUGACCCGCAAACUAAAAACAACGGUGUUGCAUCCAAAUCUCAGAAUCAUCUCAUGGGUCCGAAUUCAGUGUAUUCAAACAAGUUCUAUGGUCAAUUUGGAAACGCUUACGGAUCUUGUUAUGGUUAUGGAACCAAUGGUUAUGAUUAUCAGAAUAACGGGCGUGGGUGGUUAAGCGUUGAUAACAAGUUCAAGCCUAGAGUGCGAGCUAACGGUUACUUUGGGUACAACAAUGACAGCAGCGAUGGUCUUAACGAGCUGAACAGGGGCCCGAGGUCUCGAACCAUCAAGAAUCAAAAACCGUUGACCCCAAUUACUACAGCCGUUAAGGGUCAAGAAGAUAUAGCUGUGUCACUGUCACCUACUGAUGGUAUUAAAGACGAGUCAAAAGAAGUCAAAGAGGUCAACGUGACACCGGAUAGAGAGCAAUACAACAAGACAGAGUUUCCUGAAACUUAUGAAGAUGCUAAGUUCUUUAUAAUCAAGUCUUAUAGCGAAGAUGAUGUUCAUAAGAGCAUUAAGUAUAACGUUUGGGCGAGUACGCAAAACGGAAACAAGAAACUUGACGCUGCAUACCGUGAGGCUCAACAGAAAUCUGAAGCAUGCCCGAUUUUUCUUUUUUUCUCGGUUAAUACAAGCGGACAGUUUGUGGGGGUAGCGGAGAUGGUGGGGCCCGUUGAUUUUAACAAAAGUUUGGAGUAUUGGCAGCAAGAUAAGUGGAUUGGUUGCUUUCCUGUAAAGUGGCAUAUUGUUAAAGAUUUACCAAACAGUUUGUUGAAGCACAUUAUUCUUGAGUACAACGAGAAUAAACCCGUCACUAAUAGCAGGGAUACUCAAGAGGUGAAGUUGGCGCAAGGAUUGCAGGUGAUCAAGGUUUUCAAAGAACAUGCUAGCAAGCAAUGCAUCUUAGAUGACUUCGAGUUUUACGAGGACCGACAGAAGAAAAUUCAGCAAAAGAAGGCAAAGCAGCAACAGUUUCAGAAACAGUCGUGGGAAGGAAAACUCGUUACUGAUAAGAAGAUUAAAGGAGCUGAAAACGAGGUUUUGAAAUCUGAUGACGGGUCAGAUGUGGUCAAGGAGGUCAAACUUGUGAAUAAUGUGCAAGACGUUGCAGCUAAGCCAGACGAGGUGGAGGUUGUUGUAAAUGGGGUUGCGAACGCUUGCUGAUUUCAGCAAUGUUUGUAGGCGGUCUGUUGCUCAUUGACUGGAAAAUUCACAAAUGAGUUGGUUUUUACCGCCUAUGGUCAGCGACAUGAAGAAAGUUUCGGAUGGAAAAAUUGGAAAAAUGUAAACUUGAGGGAUCCUUAUGUUCAUCUGUGACGGGUCGGUUUUUCUAUAGUGUUUCUAGCUACAAAUGGUUUUAUUUUCAGAAUCGUUUAAAUUUUCGUGGUUAGGUUUCGUAAAAAUUGCGGCUUUAAUCCUUUUUGUUCUGUUUGGUUUUGGGUUUUAGCUCUUAUUUCUUUCUUUCGGCGUUGUGUGGUCGCUUUGUGCGCUGUGUUUAAUUUCUUUUUCUGGUUUUUAUUUCUUGUAAAUCUAGAUCAAGAAUAUGCAUAGUGCCAGUGAAGAUAGAUUUUUGGUG